AUGUCAGUAGAAAUAGUUAAAAGCUCAUACGGUAAAGCUAACGUCAAGUUUCUCAAGGUUAGAAAAGAUGCAAACAACCCCAAAGUUCAAGAAAUUCUUGAAGCCAAUGUGAAAGUUUUGUUGAGGGGUAAAUUUGAUACUUCAUACACUGAAGCAGACAAUUCAUCAAUUGUUCCAACCGAUACAGUCAAAAACACCAUUUUGGUUGAGGCAAAGACUCACAACGUUUGGCCAAUUGAAUCAUUUGCUGCUCAUUUAGCCAAACAUUUUACUUCAAAGUAUGAGCAAGUGGAAGGUAUCGAAGUUAGCAUAGUGCAGGCAUUAUGGAAGAAAAUACAACUUGAAGGUAAAGAACACGAUCACUCAUUUAAGCACGAAGGACCAGAAACUCGUCAAACGUAUUUGAACUAUGAGAAGGCUAGCAAAAAAUUACAGUUAUCUUCAUCAAUUAAGGAUUUGAAAGUCUUGAAAUCAACCGGUUCAAUGUUUUAUGGUUACAAUGUAUGUGACUACACUACUUUGAAACCAACCAAAGACAGAAUCUUAUCUACAGAUGUCGAGGCUACAUGGACAUUUGACUCAAACAAGAUUGGAACUUUGGAUGACAUUAUCAAGAGCGGUUCGAUCUUUGAUAACGCAUAUAACCAAGCUAAGGACGUCACUUUGGAAUUGUUUUGCAAAGAGAACUCGCCAUCUGUGCAAGCCACCAUGUACAACAUGUCACAAAAGAUUUUGGACAACGUUAGCGAGAUUGCAACAGUGAGAUACGUAUUACCAAAUAUCCACUACAUCUUGUUCAACUUUGAGUGGAAGGGAAUCAAAAACAAUGAUGACUUAUUCUACCCAUCCUCUGAUCCAAACGGUUUGAUCACAUGUACCGUCGGUAGAAAAGGUGAUAAAGCUAAAUUAUAG